AUGGCGCAGGCCACCUUCGACGCCUUCAACUCCGAGCCCAAGUCGCCCUACGCAGCGGACUGUCGCUACUCCAUGGAGAAUCUCUUCGCCAAGGUCGGCCUCCCCGCCGCCGCCUCCAACUACCGGCCGGUGAAGAACUUGUACGCCACGUCACGAAUUCCAAUCCCCGGUUGCUUCCUUCUCAAGUCACUGUCGAGGGAGGCCUGGGACAGGGAAUCCAAUUGGAUGGGGUUUGUUGCGGUGGCGACGGACGAGGGGAAGGCGGCGUUGGGGCGGAGGGACAUUCUUGUUGCGCGGAGAGGCACGGUUCAGGGGCUUGAGUGGGUUUAG